GACUUGCUUUGGGAUUUUUAACUACUCCAUACUGUAAUGUUAAUUUUAAAGGAAAUAAUAUGGAUUUUCUUAAAAAUAAAAUAAAGAAAUCAAUUUCUGCAGUUAUGAGCUUCAUCUUCUUCACUAGGAAACUCAUUCUACAAAAAGAUCCGACCUUUACUAUCGAAUUCGAAUUCGCCCAAACCAGAAAUGGGCACAACAGCAAAAGCUCUCUCCCCAAAUGCCUCCAAUUCCACCGCCCCAUUUGCUUCUCCAUCCCUCCCCCUUUGCACCGCCGCUGUUGAAGAGGCGGAAUUGCUGCAGCCCGCGAAGCAUUCGAUUCUCCUCGAAAGCCUGAGGCAGCGCCACCUCAAGGACUCUCCCCACGCUCCAAAGCCCACAUCCGGUGGAAAUGGCGUCGAGGAAGUGAUGGGGGCGUUGGGUGAAAUGGGGAUUACGGAGCCGACGGAGAUUCAAUGUAUUGGGAUUCCGGCGGUUCUUGAUGGGAAGAGCGUGGUGUUGGGGUCCCACACUGGCUCCGGCAAGACUCUUGCUUACCUUUUGCCCCUUGUUCAGUUGUUGAGACGGGACGAGGAUUUGCACGGUAUGCUGAUGAAGCCCAGGCGCCCGCGGGCUGUUGUACUCUGCCCAACAAGGGAGCUGUGUGAGCAGGUGUUCCGUGUUUCCAAGUCUAUUAGCCACCAUGCACGAUUCAGAUCAACCAUGGUAAGUGGCGGCGGGCGUUUAAAGCCUCAAGAAGAUUCCUUGAACAACCCGAUUGACAUGGUUGUGGGGACCCCUGGCCGGGUUCUGCAACAUAUCGAAGAAGGCAAUUUGGUUUAUGGGGACAUAAAAUACUUGGUGUUGGACGAAGCUGACACCAUGUUUGAUCAUGGAUUUGGGCCUGACAUCAGAAAAUUUCUUGCUCCACUGAGGAGUCGUGCAUCUAAACCUGAUGGUCUAGGCUUCCAAACAGUAUUGGUAACUGCAACAAUGACGACGGCAGUGCAAAAGCUGGUUGACGAGGAAUUUCAAGGAAUCGCUCAUCUACGUACUUCUUCACUCCAUAAGAAGAUUGCUUCUGCUCGUCAUGAUUUCGUCAAACUCUCAGGUUCUGAAAAUAAGCUGGACGCCUUAUUACAGGUUCUUGAGCCAAGUUUAGCAAAAGGAAACAGAGUAAUGGUUUUCUGCAACACAUUGAAUUCCAGUCGAGCUGUGGAUCACUUUUUAUCUGAAAACCAUAUCUCUACGGUCAAUUACCACGGAGAGGUUCCAGCUGAACAGAGGAUUGAGAAUCUGGAUAAGUUUAAGAGCAACGAUGGAGAUUGCCCCACUUUAGUCUGCACAGAUCUGGCUGCAAGGGGUUUGGACUUGGAUGUCGACCAUGUUAUUAUGUUUGACUUUCCCUCGAAUUCUAUCGAUUAUCUCCAUCGUACUGGAAGAACUGCUCGUAUGGGGGCAAAAGGGAAGGUGACAAGUUUGAUAGCUAGAAAGAACAUGAUUUUGGCCACCCGCAUUGAGGAAGCAAUAUUGAAAAACGAGAGCUUGGAAUCCCUCUCUGUUGAUAGAAUUAAAAGGGAUCUUGCCAGGACACACCUCAGUCAACAGAAGGGGCAAAAUGAGAAAAGGGAAAUGACCUCCAGUUUGAAAAGAAAGGGUCAAGCUGCCUCGACAAAGCCAUCUGAAGCUCGUGGCAAAACAGCAUUUUCCAAGAAAAGCUCUUUUUCUGAAUCUACAAAAGCUUCUGUCUUUUCCAAGCCCAAGAAGAAGGUGGUUAAGGUUGUCAGAACUUCAAAUUCAUCAGGAUCUAGCAACUCAAGAAGUACGUCGUCUGGUGGGAGAAACCAUCCAGGUGGAAGAAACAAAGGUGGCGCUGGAUCUACUUCAAAGUUAAACGUUGUUGGAUUCAGGGGCCGGAGCAGUGUCAAAACUGCUUGAUAUCAAAUUGAGGUUUAUCAAAGGCAGUAUGGUACCUUUCUUGAUGUAUUAUAACCUUUCUUUUAACCUACUAAAAUUAGAUAGUUAGGUCUAUUUCCACUCAAACAUUUAUACUUGUCAAUUUGCUGUGGAAAGGCAAUAUAAAUAUCAGUGCUGCACAA